AAUGGGAGGAACAGUUUCAAAGCAUACAACUCCACAUUAUCCGCCUUCCAGGCAGGUUUUGACAAGUUAUGGUCCAAUUGAAGGCCGUCGGCUUAUUCAUGAAGGGGAGAAGCAGGUGGACGCGUUCCAAGGUAUUCCGUACGCCGCUCCGCCAAUUGGUAAUUUGAGAUUUGCGCUUCCUCAACCCCACGAAAAAUGGACGGAAGUCAGGGAGACCAAAUCAUUCGGAGCUAGAGGAAUUCAAAAAGAUCAUGUGCUUUCGCCAAAGACAUCCCCACAAUCCGAAGACAACCUAACACUCAACAUCUUCACUCCAGUAUGGACCCCAAAAAACGAGACAGGAUUCCCUGUAAUUCUGUACAUCCAUGGUGGAGGUUUUGUCAGUGAUAGUGCUCAUAAAUACGGUGAUAUGAGUAUUUGUCAACACCUUGUGACAAAAGAUGUCGUAGUUGUCACAAUUCAAUAUCGAUUGGGAUUUCUCGGUUUUUGGACAACUGGAGACAGUUCUAUUCCGGAUAAUGUGGCACUUCAUGACAUGGUUUUUGCGUUGAAAUGGGUUAAGGAGAAUAUUGGGCUGUUUAAUGGAGAUCCAAAUAAUAUUACAUUGAUGGGACAAUCUGCUGGUGGAGCUUCUGUCGAUUUUCUCAGUAUUUCUCCAGUCUCCAGAGAUCUCUUCCAAAAAGUGAUCCCAAUGGGAGGAAAUGCCAGUUGUAGUUGGGCAAUACAUCCCCGCCCACUCAAUGCCUGUAGAAACCGUGCUCAGGAAAUUGGAGUUUUUGAUGGAAUGAACACUUUGGAUUGGGUGGAAAAGCUCAGAGAGUUGCCCGCCGAUAAAUUUGCAUCUGCACUUAAUAUGGAAGCAGUUGACACAAAAACUGAUCCCGAAUUGCUCAUUGGUCCCAAAUAUGACAACCUCUUUAUUCCAAGACCAGUUAUGGAGCUCAGAAAGGAGGCCCCAAUGAAGCCAAGAUUGCUGGGAUGUGCCAAGAGUGAGGGUCUUGUUUUUGCGUUCUUCGGUCUAAACACGAAACACCCACUUCACGCUGUUCAACAAGACGUCUCUGCAAUUCUCUCUGAAAAGCUGUUCCCCCUGAAAGCUCGAGACUAUCAAGAAAAAGCUCUGGAAAAACUGAUCGAAAUCGGAACAGAUCAUUCGAAAGAAGAAUGGCAACGAGCGAUGGUUGAUUUGAAGGGCGACUCAUUUUUGAAUGUCGGAAUACAACAGAAUGUUCUGGAUGUAUUGGAGACUCAACCAUCAACUCCUAUUUAUAUGUAUUCGUUUGAUUAUUGCAAUCCAAAAGCUUAUGGAAUUAUGGGAUUUAAGUUGCCGUUUAAAGACGCUACCCACUGUACUGAUAUCAGUUAUGUUGUCGGAAAUCAUAUUGUCAAUUCUUUCGAUUUCAAUGAGGAAGACUAUAAAAUGAUUGAGAUCACCACUCGAUUAUGGACCAAUUUCGCGAAAUAUGGAAACCCAAAUGGCGAGGGUGAUGACGUGGCACAUCUGGAAGAGAAAUGGGAGCCGGCCACAAUCGAAUCCCCACAGACACACAUGGCACUAACAUUACAACCAAAGCUUCAUCACGUCUACAAGCAAGGAAGACCACUGUUCAUGGCAAAACUUCUCAAGGAGGCCAGACCACCGCCGAAUCUCUAAAUUUGCGCGUCAAAUGUGGUGUAAUGUUAUUUGUAUACCGUAUUUUAUUAUAAUAAACGACUUUUUUCCC